CGUACCUCGCCAGGGGCCCUCAUGCAGAGCCAGCCCCAGCUCUGUUCCUUGGCAACAUCCAAGGCUUCCUUGCUCUUCCCCCCGCCCCCCUGCCUGCGGGGGCGGGCGGGAGGCGGAGGCAGCCUGGAGCCCAUUAUAGAAAAGGGCCGCUCAGGCGGGAGGCGAAGCGGCAUCCGCAUCGCUGAGCUCCAGCAAACACACCAGACCGGUUGCCUGCCCUGGCACCGCCUGGACCCCCGCCUGCCUGCAACCAUGGCUCCUGGCUCUCUCUCCUGGCUGCUUAGCUGGGCUGCCCUCUGCCAUCUGACCAUGCUCCUGGCCGGGGCCUCUGUGGGCUCAGGGCAGCAACAUGGUGUGAAGAAAUGCAUCUUCACGUGCAACAAGAUGACCUCGGAGAUCCCCCUGCAUCGUCUGGUCCGCUAUCAACGAAAUCAGGAGUCGUGUGACAAACCUGCCAUCAUCUUCGAGACCAAGGGGCACAGAAAUAUUUGUGCCGACCCAAAGGAGAGUUGGGUUCAGGCAGCCAUGGAACAUCUAGAUCGCCAGGCUGCUGUUACGACUCAAAACGGCGGCACAUUCGAGAAGCAAAUCGGCCUGAGUGAGCCUAGGACCGCCCCGGUCACCAGGGGAGUGGACAGGUCUGCGGUCUCAGAGCCCAAAGCCACAGAGGAAAGCAGUAGCCAGGAGGCACAGAGGGCCUUGGGGACUUCCCCAGAGCUGCUGAUGGGAGUGGCUGGUUCCUGGGGGACCACGUCCCUCUCCACUUCAAAGCCUCCGGAUGGAGGGGCUCCAGCUGGACCCAAGAAAACUGAGCUGCUCAACACAGCUGCUGUCACCACCGCCGCAUCUUGGCAGAGUUCUGCUGCCUCCCAACCUGAGUCAGGCCUCUGGGCUGAGGGAAAGUCCUCUGAGGGCCCCUCCACACAGGCCCCCCCCACCCCGCCCCCCCCCACCCCGCCCCCCUCCCCCCAGACCCCCCCCACCCCCUCCACCCAGGCCCCCUCCACCCAGACCCUCCCCACCCAGGCCCCCUCCACCCAGACCCUCUCUACCCAGGCUCCCACCGUUUCACACACAGCCCAGGAGGACAGUGUUGGACCUGAAGGCCAAUCCAUGCUGGUCAAGAGACAGAAUCUCAUGCCAGAGAACUCUCUAGGGUCCAUGGAGAUGGAUCCCAUUUCAGCUCACACGGAUGCUUUCAGGGGGCCUGGAAGCAUGCCCCAUGUCUCCUUGACGCCUGUCUUCUCUGAUGGGGCCCCCAGCAGGGAGCCAAUGGCCUCAGGCAGCUGGGCCCCCAAGGCCAAGGAGCCCAUCCAUGCCACCGUGGACCCCCAAAGGCUAGGCAUCAUCAUCACUCCUGUCCCCGACUCCCAGGCGGCCACUCGGAGGCAGGCAGUCGGGCUGCUGGCCUUCCUUGGCCUCCUCUUCUGCCUGGGGGUGGCCAUGUUUGCCUACCAGAGUUUCCAGAGCUGCCCCCACAAGCUAGUGGGGGACGUGGUGGAAAGGCUUCAUUACAUCCCCCGGAGCUGUGCCAGUAACUCGUACGUCCUGGUGCCGGUGUGAGCGGCCUGCCCGCCUGCCUGCAUCUAGUCGUUCAACUCAGACACUGCCUGGCGUUCCCCGUCCUCACUCACCCCCCGGGCCUGGCCUGAGCUGCGAUGACCAGAGCAAGGAGGCGGGAUCCUCCAAGUGGGACUGCCCCCGACUCCCAGGCAUACCCCAGGAGGCCACCCUUGACCAUUUGUGACCUACUGGGGACAGAGGAGUGGCCUCCACAACUCAUAUCAGUGUCCCCAAGUCAGAAAACUUUCCUCUGCUGCUGACCGGUUAGAGAUUCUCUUAAACACCGUCCCAGCCCCAGUGAACAAUUAUUUAUUGAACGCCCAGCCCCUCUGGCCCGUGACCCCAUGUGGGUACCAUGGUCAUCUCAUCUCACAACCGAGCCUCAGGCCAGGCCCCUUCCUCCCACUCCCUCAGACCUCAUCGUGUCUCUUGGCCCUGCUGCAGUCGCCAGUCACCCCGGCCACCUGCGGUGCUAGCCCCCUUCCCCUGUACAGAGCCCACGUCCAGCCGGGGACCUGUGUUUUCCUGCACCAGGCUAGCGUGGUGUUUCCUGCGACAGUUCCCAGGAAGGGCUCUGCCCUGAGUUAGGCAUCGUGGGAAGUGGAGAUGGAGUUACCCGGUGGCUUUGAUUUUUUCGCUCCUCUGUCUAUGCUGUGCAGUGGAGGAACGUCGACUAUGUGUGUGAAGGCUGGGGUUCUAGUCCCAGGUCCACCACCAACCCGACAAAGCAUUCAGACCACUGGCUUCCCAUCUGAGAAAGGGAAGAGGGAUGGCAAAUCCGUGGCGGUAACCUGGACCCCCGACAGGCACCACUGAUUGAUCCAGAGACCCCGUCCCCGAUCCCCGCGUGCUGCCUCAACAUUUAUCCCCAAAGCGCCUCAGCCAGUCUACUGAUCCAGGAGCCGGGAGGGCAUCCCCAGGAGCUCUGAUAGAGCAGACAGCCCUGUUGCAGGGAGGGGUCUGGACUGGCUGCUCCAGGGACAGAGACCAACUUUGAAGGCCCGUCCCUGGCUUUGAGAAUAGCCCCUCCUUGUGUCCGCCGGGCUGACAGGGACCCUGAGAGCCUGGGUGCCUGGCUGAAGGAGGAGGGGAGGCCUCACCAAGGAGCCGCACACCUGCGUUAGGGCCUGGGGUCCAGCAUUUGCUCUUUCUCUCCUGCAGUGUGGGCUCCCCUUCCCCCACUCUCACCCCCUGAAAACACUGUUGUCCAGGCUCUGAGGUCUUCUCUGCCCACCUUAGCCCUGACCACACGCAGGGCCAGGAGUUCUCAUGAGGUUUUCCAUGAGAUCAGAAGCCACCGUUGAAACCUGAGUUCCCGUGUUUACUUCUGAAAGGGACUCUGUCCUGUGCUGAAGGGCGGGUGGGGAAAGGGAAGUUGAGACCAUGACGUCAGGGGUUCCCUUUUAGGCUGCUGAGGACUCAGGCCACCCUGAUGGGGCUGGAGGCUGAGUGCCUGCACCCCAUGGUCAGCACCCUAUGGUCAGAGCAGGACCUGCAGGCCUCACCCUUCAGGAUCCCUGGUGGCAGCUCCUCAGCCCCAAUUGUCCCCAGGGUGAUCCUUGCCCCCCCACCUGAAGAGCCUCCUGUGGGUUGGCUUCCCCCAGGUGUGGUGACACGCUCCUCGGCAGAUGAAUGCUCUGGAGAAGCACACACAGCUCGUCCACAGAGGGGAAGCUGUGCUGCUCUGCCCACCGGGCCCUCCUGCACCUCUGCUGGGCGUGGCUCUGGGUGCUUGGGCCUGGCUCUAGUCGGGGGCACUGGGACAGCUCAGGGAGGGGGGCAGCAGGUCUGAAUGCACGUUUUCUGGCUCCUCCAGGCUGGGAGAACCUUCAAGGGACGGGGCAUCCAUAAUGGGGCUCCCCUCUGUGAGAAAGCAGCUGGGGGCAGCUGGCUCUCCUUCCACAGACUCUGUCAGUUCCCCAGCAGGACAUGGAUGAGGACAAUUCAGGGAGGACUUUGGAAGGUCUUGGUUGACCCUUGUGCUAUUUCAACCCUAUCACCAAUGUCUGUGCCAUUUUGUAUUUUAUAAUAAAAUUGAAAAGUCUUGUG